GGGAAAUAAUAUGGGAUUGAAAAAUGUUGGAAUAAAUUGAUUCCCCAUUUGUGUCUACCUUUUUCCAACUUUCUCCCACAUUUUUCGAUUUUCGAAUGCGCGUCUCGAGCAACACCAAUUUGACAGUUUGAAAUAAACAAGAAAAAACGAAAAAAAUCACUCGAACGUAUGUAUUCCUAACAAAUUGUGAUCGUACGAUGUUUUAGCAUAAUUUCGAAACGAAAUUUCGUUGCAUUGGCCUAAAUAGAUUUAAAUAUAAUUCAUUCCAAUUCAAGUAUUUCAUAGUAAAAAUUGACGAUUGCAAGGAAAACGUCGAAUUUGUUGGAAAGUCAAACUUUCAGACAACCAGUGCUCAUUUUCAUUAUUAUGCUGAGCGGGAAUGCAACAACCUUAAAGAAUAUCAUUCAUCUGUUCAAUCAUAAACAUUUAACUUUGACCAACGACUAUAAUACAACACAAGCACUAAGGAUCGUCGAAAAAAGUAUGUCCACAUUAGAUUUAAGCGAACCCAACUCACCAGACGAAUUUGAAAAACCGACUGAAAAAAUGAUGAGCAACGGGAUUGGAGCCCGCAUCAUGCGUCGCCUGCGGCAGAACAGCACAGAAGCACCCAAAGCAAAAACUGAACUGAAGAAGAAGAAUCUCAAUCCAAACUCGAAGGCCAUUGAAAAGCUGUACUUGAACAAAUCAUUGGGCCGCAUCAAGUACACGCAAUUGGAAACCAUCUACGAGCACGAAGACGAAUCCGAUUCCAGCGCAAAUGCAACAAUCGAUGGAAAGAAAGUGUUUGGCAAAAAAACCAAGCGCAGCGUGGCAUGCACCGAUGGGCUGAACACAACAAAAACGUUGAAAGAAAAACGGAAGCGGCGCAUCAAGAAGAUUUUCGGUGUUCACAAAAAAUUCAAGAGCAUUUCGAUGAAAAACUUCCUGGAACGUCUUCAAUCCAGCGAAACCGUUGAAGUUGUCACACCACAGUCGAUUGUUGGAGCAUAAUCAAUGAUUCCUAAUCUAUAGCAUACAAAUUUUAGCAUAUCCACAUUUAUCGAUACAUCGACUCUUUUUCGCCAUAAUCCCUAGAACACUAAGUUAUUUAUAUACGAAGACUGCCUUGAAAAAUGUAACAGAAUUUGGAAAUAAACCUAGUGUCUGUCUAUAAA